ACUCCGUCCCUCUCGCCCCUCAUUUUCUCUCUCUCCAAUCUCUGUGCGCCUGCAUCGAGGCCUCAAUAGAGUCGCAGAAGCGCACGUCCUCUUGUUAGGGUUUCAGUUCACCGGAGCCAAUGGAGCAACAGAAAACCAUUCAGCAGCAAGAUGAGGUCGAAGAAAUGCAGCACGGCCCUGUUCCCGUGGAUCAGCUUCAGGCGUCUGGAAUAGCUUCCAUUGAUGUAAAAAAGCUUAAAGACGCGGGUCUUUGCACUGUCGAAUCUGUUGCUUUCUCACCGAGGAAAGAGCUUCUGCAAAUCAAAGGAAUCAGUGAAGCUAAAGUUGACAAGAUCAUUGAAGCAGCAUCAAAACUGGUGCCGUUGGGCUUUACUAGUGCUAGCCAGCUUCAUUCUCAGAGACUCGAAAUCAUUCAAAUCACUUCUGGAUCAAGAGAACUUGAUAAGAUAUUGGAGGGAGGAAUCGAGACAGGAUCUAUUACUGAGAUAUAUGGUGAAUUUCGCUCUGGAAAGACUCAGUUGUGCCACACGCUUUGUGUUACUUGCCAACUUCCAUUAGAUCAAGGAGGCGGUGAGGGAAAGGCAAUGUACAUUGAUGCUGAGGGUACAUUCAGGCCACAGAGACUCUUGCAGAUAGCUGAAAGGUUUGGACUCAAUGGUGCUGAUGUCUUGGAGAAUGUUGCCUAUGCCAGAGCAUAUAAUACUGAUCAUCAAUCAAGGCUACUGCUCGAAGCAGCUUCAAUGAUGGUAGAGACGAGGUUUGCUCUCAUGAUAGUAGACAGUGCAACAGCUCUCUACAGAACAGAUUUCUCUGGAAGAGGAGAACUUUCAGCGCGGCAGAUGCAUCUUGCAAAGUUUCUCCGGAGUCUUCGGAAGUUAGCAGAUGAGUUUGGUGUGGCUGUUGUUAUCACAAAUCAAGUAGUUGCACAAGUGGAUGGUUCUGCCCUCUUUGCUGGGCCUCAAAUUAAGCCUAUUGGUGGCAACAUCAUGGCACAUGCUUCUACGACAAGGCUUGCUGUCCGGAAGGGAAGAGGGGAGGAGCGGAUUUGCAAAGUAAUAAGCUCUCCUUGUCUGGCUGAAGCAGAAGCACGGUUUCAGAUCUCCCCAGAGGGCGUCACGGACGUGAAGGACUAGACAAAUCCACUUUCAUAGCAAUAUAUUCUAUCAGAGCAAUAUAUUCUUCUGUACUCUUGUAUAUCUGUCUUGUAGUGAACCUCUCAGGAAAGUCGGAUAGCUUCACAACUUUGUAAUUUUCUGUUACAAAAUGUAUCCGAGGAAUUUCAAAGAGUUUGCUUGCCAAAAGCUUUGCCAGCUUGCUUGCUGUUCUAAACUUCCAUUUCUUGUUUUCUUCUCUUUUUUUUUUCUGGUAAAAUUUCACUCAACAAGCUCAUGUACU